GAUGUUAAGCAAACUCAUCCUUACAAUUUCGCUUGACUGUCUGUCCAACUCAAGAUGUAUUCAUUGGAAAAGCCAUCAGUAGCACAAAGAAAACUCUCGUAUUCUCUAACACGUCCCUUCCGAUGGCGCCUUUCUCGGUUCUUAUAUCGCAUAAUUGCCCAAAUAUGCAUACACCAAGACUUACACACCCAUUUCCCACACCAUAACCUUCAAGAUCUACAGCCAUGUACUUCGUCCCUUUUGUUGUCUUGUUGCAGAUCGUCGUAUGCACCUGCACCACAUCCCUCCUGAACAAUCGAGCCUCAAAACCAAGAUGUCCUACCCACGACAGCACCUCACUGUGGUGCUGCGUGGAAGAAAGAGACAGUGAUAGAACAUACUACUGCUGGACACAGCCAGAUCCACAUGCUCUGGAGCGACUUUGCGCAACUUCGGAUGCGUGGGAGUUGCAAUGCUGUAGUCGACCUGAUGUAUGUGAUCUCGAGACUACUACUGCAACAAUAUAUACUGAUAGCUAUAUCAUCAGCCUACGGACAGCGUCCUUGACUGCUCGAGUGUAUGUGAUGAUGACGAUACCGAAUAUUCUAAGGAUGGGGACAAAGAGUAAGAGAGAAGAGCUUUCAAGACAUAAUACCAUCGGAGAGACAGAUUAUCUACCUAGACCGCCCUGCUAUCAGACUUGAAAUUCAUUAUAAUGUAUAGGAAGACUCACAUUAUACCCACAAUCUAGCUCAAAACCAAAAAGACUCUAUGAGGGUCCUCAGCAUACCCAGCAACAAGAGUAGUGAUUGGUCGAUAAUACGCUACUAACCCAAUCAGGAAAGCUACCCUAAUCAUCCAGCGUCAUCGAUCCAUGCCAAUGUUGCGAGAUAACCACCAAGCUACCCAGUCUGCCAU